UUUCCCCCAUUGAAGUCUCUCACUGUAAAGCCUCAUGCCGCACUGCUUUCGCGCAGUCUACGGCAUGUUGCUCUUUGCCAGCGUCGGCUGCCUUCUCUUCCUCCUCUUUCAAGCCUCUCAAGCCAUGGACUUCCCGGAACUCCCUGCGUUCCCUGCUCCGGCGCCCACUUCCGGAGCCGACUUCGUGGUCUCGCCGACAUCAAGAACUCCGCCUGCCUCCGGUCCUGCGCCGGCGCCGCGGGUGGACUCGAGGCCUCUGGAGCCCAAGGAAAAAUCGGCUCCGGCAAGCUUGAUCCCGUUCAUCAGCAGCAGUCCAGCUGUACCGCUCCCGGUGGGAGAGACCGACACGGCCACCAUCCUGACAUUUCCGACGCAGGGGUCGGACAACCGGGCGGUGGGUGCGUCGUCGUCGUGCGACGCGGUGCGCGUGUCGUCGCUGCUCAUCGUGCUCGCCUCUGCUUUGCUCUCGACUCGUGCUGUUUCUUUUCUUUGAUGUCCCUUUUUUUUACUCUACUUUUUUGUUGCUGUUUUUUUCUCAUCGCUUUGGCUCUUCCACUUUCGAAUCCAUUUUUUUUUGUUUUUAUUUAUAUAAUUUGGUUUUCAAACUGUUCCGAUCAAAAUGCUUGUGCUUUGUCCUAAUCGUUUUCUUACAUAUUAGUUCUUUCCAUUCAAUUUUAUUUUUCAGAUGGAUAAAAAACGAAGAUACAAACGACAUCGUUUUCCAUUCAAGAACAUUAGUUGAAUCUUCUUUAACGCUAAAUCUUCUUUAACGCUAAAUCUUUGAAUUUCCGGUUUUCUUCACGACUUCCUAAUUUAUGAAUAUGACAUCACAGUCAACUCUAACAAUAUCUCUAACCCUUGGCCGUCAUUUCACACCCUAUCCUCGUCUUCUUUUGCAUUAUUGAUUGAUACCGCCAACUUUUAUCUUCCAUUAUAAUUUGCAAACAUUUGUGACAGAAGAGGCAAACCGAGGAUAGAUGUAGAUACAAGGAUGUUACAUGAACACCCAAGAUCACAUGCAAUUAACAAGAUCAGUCCUAACAACAGCAAGGAUUUUUUUGAAAAUUUACAACUAAUGUGAUAGAUUCUUGACAAGUUUAUCCGCAAAUUAUUUGUAAAACAAAUCAAAUAGUUGACCAUAUCAAUAUACCUUGUAAGGAUUUUUUUAGUAAUUUAUCAAAGAGUGCACUCACAUUUUCAAAUUGAUGUAAACUAUUUUGAUAUUUAUCAAAUAAUUAUUUUGAUAUUUAACAAAUAACGCAUUCAAUUAUAUGUUCUUUUCAAUUUACGCUCUUGACAAAUUUAAUUUUUUUUUCUCUGUUUUUUUUCCUUCUUCUCUUUCCUCUCUACUAUAUACAACCUAU